AUGAGUGAAAUAGAUAAUAACACAACGUUAAAAGAUGUUUUAAAAGAGAUUAUCAAUAGCAAAAAGGAACUAAAAAAUGCAAUAGAUGCUUUUGAGGCUAGACUAUUAUUGAAGGGAAAAAAUAUAAACAUUGCACAUGAACAAACCUCCAAACAAAGAUACGAGUCCAGUAUUCUUAGAAAAAAUUUAAAUUUGGUAAAAGAAGAUAAACAAAACACCUGUUAUAUUAAACGAAAUAAGUUAUAUACUCGAUUAUAUGUAAAUGAAAAUAUUCAUUCUGUUGAAGACUUAAUGGACGAAGAAAAACUAGCGAACAGUGCUCCAUCGACUCCAACUGCUGUGGACCCGACACUUCCCGAAAAUAGAAACGACCCUUCUGAACAACUUAAAGAUAUGGAAAAAACUACUCAAGAAGAAAUAAACAUACGAUCACCGGAACGUAAUAGGCCAAGAUCAAACAGUGCUCCACAAACUCCUGUUGCGUCUGAAACAUUCUUCGAAGACAGCCCAGCUAGAUUUACGUUAAAUACACCCCCUCAAAUCAGCAGCAACGUUAAUAAAAAAAUAAUACCAGAAGAGAAGUCUCGGAAACUAGAUCAGAUAAUACAAAAAACUCAGAAAAAGAAAAUAACGAAGAAACAACACUGGAAGAAACAGUAG